AAAUAAAAGAAGUAGGAGCUCCUGGAGGCCAACGGUGACGUCAGUAGUAGUGUGGGAAAUGAUAAUUACAGAGGCGCUGGAGCACUUCUUCAGCACAGCACACACAUUUAUUGCCUCUGUAUUGUCUGCAGAAGCCAACUGCAUUUGCUUGCUUUGGUGACAAUAGAAGCAAAAGGCCGUGCUGCUGGCUUACUAAUGAGGAGAUCAGGAGGACAGAGUCUAAACGGACAAGAGAUUGGCUUCCAUGGACACUCAGGAAAUCUAAUUUCCCUGCAGCUUUAGAGACUGGAAGCUCUCUACACGUUACUUGUAGCUGGAUCAAGCCUUGGUGGAUUUAUGCAAUUAAGUGUGUGUGCACCUUGGAGGAUAGAGGCAUUCAGGUGAUUAUCUGAUUGCCAGAAGGCUGAGCUGACACGGAUAUUUGGAAUGUGACGAGGUGCCGUUUUUUUCGUCAUGAUGAACCAGGAGAAGUGGGUCACCCUUAGCCCUGCGGAAUUUUCCCAGCUUCAGGAGUACGCUCAGUACUCAACUAAGAAGCUUAAGGAUGUUCUGCAGGAGUUUCAUGGAGACGGUGUGCUGGCAAAGUAUAACCCUGAAGAGAAACAGGAAAUACUCAAUCAGGAAAUUGACUUUGAAGGCUUCAAGCUGUUCAUGAAGACAUUUUUGGAAACUGAGCUGCCCGAGGAAUUUUGUCAACAUCUUUUUGUGUCAUUCAGUAACAAAUUCUCUCACCCAAGCCCUAGCCCUUCCACAUCAGAGAAGUCUCGUGUUGCAGGUCUAAAGCUUAUUAAAGGAAAUACAACCCCCUCAAGGGUGCCUUACCUACCAAAAAUGGAGCCCCCUGUUUCUGUGCAACUGAAAGAUAUUGUCUGCUACCUGUCACUGCUUGAAGGGGGGAGACCGGAGGACAAACUGGAGUUCAUGUUUCAUCUCUAUGACACUGAUGGAAAUGGAUAUCUGGAUAGCUCGGAACUAGAAAAUAUCAUCUCUCAAAUGAUGCGUGUAGCAGAGUACCUUGAAUGGGAUGUCACAGAACUCAAGCCUAUUCUUCAGGAGAUGAUGGAGGAAAUUGACUAUGAUCACGAUGGCACAGUGUCGCUGAAGGAAUGGACACAAGGAGGAAUGACAACCAUCCCACUGCUUGUGCUACUUGGGCUCGAAACAAACGUAAAGGAUGAUGGGCAACACAUUUGGAGACUGAAGCAUUUCAACAAGCCUGCCUACUGCAACCUGUGUUUGAACAUGCUGAUUGGACUGGGAAAGCAAGGGCUCUGCUGUUCAUUUUGCAAGUACACAGUUCAUGAACGGUGUGUAGCCAGGGCUCCUCCAUCCUGUAUCAAAACUUACGUCAAGUCCAAAAAGAACGCUGAAGUGAUGCAUCAUUUUUGGGUGGAAGGAAAUUGCCCAACAAAAUGUGACAAAUGUCAUAAAAACAUCAAAUGUUACCAGGGCCUCACUGGACUUCACUGUGUUUGGUGCCAAAUUACCCUUCACAACAAGUGUGCAUCACACAUGAAACCUGAAUGUGACUGUGGGGUGCUGAAAGACCACAUCUUGCCUCCUACGACGAUCUGUCCAGUAGUGCUGGAAAGGCAGGCGACUUUGAAAAGAGACGGUGUUUCGGGGCAGACGAAGAGAUCAGGGGACAGAGCAAAGAUGCAAAGAGCCAAUUCUGUUACUGUGGACGGUCAAGGGCUUCAGAUCACUACAAUAGCUGGAACCCAUCCUCUCCUUGUCUUUGUGAAUCCUAAAAGUGGAGGAAAGCAAGGAGAAAGGAUCUACAGAAAGUUUCAGUAUCUCCUCAACCCUCGUCAAGUCUACAAUCUUGCUAAAACUGGGCCUAUGCCAGGAUUAAAUUUCUUCCGAGAGGUUCCAGAUUUCCGAGUACUUGCGUGUGGGGGAGAUGGAACUGUUGGAUGGAUUCUGGAUUUCAUAGAUAAAGCAAAUCUCAAUAAGAAUCCUCCAGUGUGUAUACUGCCUCUUGGGACAGGGAAUGAUCUGGCAAGAUGUUUGCGAUGGGGAGGAGGCUAUGAAGGAGAGAGUCUGCUUAAAUUUCUAAAAGAUAUUGAAAACAGUACAGAGGUCCUGCUUGACCGGUGGAAGAUUGAGGUGAUUCCUAAUGACAAGGAUGAAAAGGGUGACCCUGUGCCUUACAGCAUAGUAAACAAUUACUUCUCCAUUGGAGUGGAUGCUUCCAUUGCACACAGAUUUCAUAUCAUGCGGGAGAAGCACCCUGAGAAGUUCAACAGUAGAAUGAAGAACAAGUUUUGGUACUUUGAAUUUGGCACUUCUGAAACCUUUUCUGCCACCUGUAAGAAGCUUCAUGAAUUUUUGGAAGUUGAAUGUGAUGGGAUCCAGCUCGAUUUCAGCAACAUCUCUCUGGAAGGGAUCGCAGUUCUCAACAUCCCAAGCAUGCACGGGGGCUCAAACCUCUGGGGGGAGUCGAAGAAGAGGCGCAGCCACAGGCGAGCUGGGAAGAGGAGCCCCGAAAAGCGCGUCCCCAUAGUGGAUCCGAAAGAGCUCACGUUCGCAGUUCAAGAUCCAUCUGAUCAGCUUUUCGAAGUAGUUGGACUAGAAGGAGCUAUGGAGAUGGGGCAGAUAUACACAGGUUUGAAAAGUGCAGGGAGAAGACUUGCCCAGUGUUCUUCUGCUACCAUAAGAACCAGCAAAUUUCUUCCAAUGCAAAUUGAUGGAGAACCCUGGAUGCAGACCCCUUGCACUAUUAAAAUAACACACAAGAACCAAGCUCCAGUGCUGAUGGGCCCUCCCCCAGGGACUGGGUUCUUUUCCUCCAUCAUGCGGAAAACCCGGAGCCGGAGCCAGAGCAAGGAAUAGAUCCGUUCGAUCCUACAGUACCUAACGGCCGGCAGCGCAGGCAUCUGUGCACUCCGCCCGUGUCCCGUCUUUUCUACUUCUCCGUUUUUGAUUUCAGCGUGGAAUGUCAGUGAGCGUGUGUGAUAUUUUAAAUGUUUUUGUCCAAUUCAAAAUAUUCGCAUCACAGAAUCAAUCUGUGUAUGUAUUUAUCUGUUUAUUUAUGUAUUUAUUUGUGCUUAAAACUGCUGUUUGCAUUCUUUCACAACAUGAAGGACGGGGGAAAAACGUCUGUGUCAUGGAGUGAACUGUUCCAAACCAUGGGAGUGGAGAGGAAACGAUUUCUAUGUGAGCGUUCUUGGGACAGUGCCACUGGUGGUUAAUCAUAGUGAAUUAAGUGAUGCUAGCUAAAGUGCUCUGCUUCUACUUUAGCAAAAUGAUCCUUUGUGAAAAUAUUGCUUUGACUUCAAAACAUUUGUUCAGGCAGGGCUUUGUGCAGGACUUUCAGCCUUUGAAAUGCAAUUCUAACCACACGCCUUCUUUACCAGCGAGUAAAAGUGCAAAAAUUAUAUUUUUUAAUUGCAACUUCACUAACAUGUUGCACAUCUAAAUUGCAGGCACUGCUUUACAUUAAAUAAUAGAGGUCAACAAAUCCACUCACACACUAUGGUCAUUCAUGGGCCAGUGAGUAAUGUCACAUGCUCUCUUGCAUGUACAGUAGCUCCUGGCGCACAGUACAGGUUGUACUGCACUUCAGGUUAAGUACAGUAUGCUGCAUUUCUCCAGCACUGGUUGGUUUAUUUUCAUACAGUUACUUUGGAUCUGCUAGCACAGUCCAGAACAGUAGAGGCAGGUCUAUCCAAUUAAAUUCAGCAUUUGUGGACUAAGUUUAUAUGCUCAUUUAUAAUUGAUCCCAGAUUAAUGUUAGUAUCAAAGAAAGAAGUAUAGUUUCUCGAAGAGAUCAUAAAAAAUACUGAAGAAUUCAAAAAAGGAGACAAAUAAAUGGAACUCUUCUCUUACCCAUUAACACAUGUUGUAUAUUGUCUGGUCAAAUACAGUUACAAGGUGUUAGUGCUGUUCAGAAUUAAUAAUAAGUGAUAACAUUUUAUUAUCACAUUUUGUAAGAAAAAAAUCAAAGUGUAUUCCCGUGUAAUUCCGAGAUAUUAUUUCACAAAUGCUUGGCUCCCUGUUUGUAAAAACAGCAUGUUGCUGUCAGCAUUAUUAUUGCGAUUUCCUCUUUACCCCAUGUUUCCAGCUACAGCGUUUGAGUUGCCAGAACGAGAGAAAAAAAGAGAGAAAAGCCUGUCUGGCUUGUGCCACACCUGAGUGAGAAUGUUAAUGAUGCUUUAAUGGAAAAAAAAUGCAAGCAGUUUAUUUUGCAUAUGAUAAAAAAUAACCUGAAUUAAAAGUGUUGCUAGUGAGUAUUUCAUACUCAUCUUAGUUAAGGAAGGGCCUAACUUAAUUGUGAUUUCAAUACUUCCAGCUCAAAAGAUAAAGUAUAGAUAUGUAUAUUUGUAUCACCUUUAUAUGUUUAUAUUUAUAGUCAGAUUGUCAAAAGACCAAACAUUGUGUUUUACAUGAUGUAAUAAUUCAU